CUGCUGCAUGCAGGGUACUCACCUCCUCUCCUCACUGGCACAGAGAAUUGGUCCGAGCAGUCGCUAUGGUAACAAAACUCCAUCGUCAGCAAUAAAGUUUACACAGAAAGCGCACACGUGAGUGAUUGUGUCACAGCAAGUGCCUCAGCUGGAUGUAAUACAUGGAGUGUGACUCUGGAGAUUAUGUUUCCACACGCUGAGAAGAAAAAGAAGAAGUGUCAUUAGACAGUUACUAAAGAACAAAGAACGCCAACAGGAGAAUAAAGACAUCAGUUGAAAAGGGUGGAGCUGUAACCAUGGCCUCUUGAAACCAGUUAAGGCGGUUUAUUAAUAUCCUCGGGUCAAAGAGAGCCUCUUAUAUAGCACGCUAUUCCUCUCAUCCCCUCAACCUCUCAGUAUUUCAUUAUGGAGGCCAGGGGAAAAUACGACUUUAAUGGAACGGCGGAAGAUGAGCUCAGCUUUCGAAAAGGAGACAUUUUGAAGAUCCUUGGAUCUCAGGAUGACUGGUUUAAGGCAGAGUUGCAUGGUCACGAGGGCUUCAUACCUAAAAACUAUGUUGACAGACAAACACCAAGCUGGUUUAAAGAGAACGCCAGCCGUAGUUCGGCGGAGGACAUGCUCAUGCCCCAAGAGGUUGGAGCUUUUCUGAUCCGCGGCAGUCAGAGUUCUCCUGGAGACUUCUCCAUCUCGGUCAGACACGAGCAUGACGUACAACAUUUUAAAGUUAUGAAGGAUAAUAAGGGCCACUAUUACCUAUGGACAGAGAGAUUUACCUCCCUAAACAAGCUGGUGGAUUUCUACAAGACCACCUCGAUAUCCAAGCAGAAAGAGAUCUUCCUCAGGGACGGGAGUGGAGAGGAACCAAGAGCACCUCCCCCUUUGAGGAGUCUGCCAGAAGCUCGACCUCCCCCAGGUGGUGGUUACGGUGGUCCACAAUCUUCAUCACAAUAUCGCAACACAGCAGAUCAGAGUUACAACCAAAAGGGUAAGAAGGGAAGUGUUGAGGAGAGAUCUAACACUGUGCCUCACACAGGGAGGAGCAGUCCAGCUCCUCGACGAAGCUCUGAUAGCUUGCCUGUUCCGAGGUCAGCCAUGCAAGUCAAAGCUGUGUAUGACUUCGCAGCAGAGGAAGAUGACGAAUUAGGCUUCAGUGCUGGUGAGAUCAUUGAAGUUCUGGACCGUUCCGAUGCAUCGUGGUGGAAAGGACGCCUGCGGGGCAGAAUCGGACUGUUCCCUGCCAAUUACAUCGAGCAGAUCUGAUACAUUCCCAUUUCUCAGAGGUGUGGAAGCACCAUACCAAUAGAUAAAACAUCAGUCACAUCAUUCUGUCUCUAAAUGCCUGUCUAUGAACAUAUGGACUAACGUAUGGACUGGUUGAUAUUUUCAAGAAUGCAGUUGGUUGGCUGUAGCACUGUUUAAGUGAACUGAGAAAAAGACAUUCAUCAAGCUCUUUGUUAAUAUGAACAGUGCACAACCAUGUUUAAAUUUUACAAACAAGGUACGAAGAAAUGACUAUUACCCUUUAAUGUCAAAUUUUCCAAAAGACCAUUGCCUUUAUAUGAUUUAUACAUUUUCCUGAUACAGUAACCUCUUUAUCUCCUUUACCAUCCCAAGAAGUUCAUUUUCCUCUUCGGUAGGACACUAACAAUAAAAACCUUAAUAAUGUUCUAUGCUAAGUAAGAUUUUUUUUAGUUCAACUAAAAAUCUGAAAUUUGUUAAAAUAAGACAGCAGGCAGAAAAGGCUUUGUAUGAUAAUUGUUUUGUUAUACAGGACAGAUAUGACUUGAAUAAACAUUCCCUUAUUGUUUUUAAA